UGGAGCCGCUGCAGCUCAAAUACUAGCAGGCCUGACAGGGAGGGACACUGGAAUAUCCAUAGCGACAUAACAGCGGCUUUAAUCGCAAAGUACGGUGUAUGAAUAUCGUGUGCAGGUUGACAUCUGCUGACACGAACACGCAGAUCUGAUACACGUCCACUGUCACCAAUUUCUCUGACACACCGAAACUCACUGUCAAAAGGCAGACUCCCUCAGUGACACAGCCGGCCUGCAUACACUCGUUUCCAGCCUGUAACGGCUCGAAGGGACAAAGACAGCUGCAGCCAAACUUUUACACCAAGCCAAAGCCCCCUUCUCAAUAAUGUUACGUAUGUAUGAAACCCCUCUACCCAUCGGCUGGUGAGAGCUCUUUAAGUGAAGGAUACUUCAGUGCGCAAGUACACAUGGCAGAAGAGUGAUAAGAGAUAGGUGGCAUGAUGCCCCCAGUUAAGCUGAAAUGGCUGGAGCAUUUGAACAGCUCCUGGAUCAUGGAGGACAGCGAGUCCAUUGCCACGAGGGAAGGGGUCUCCCUCCUGUAUACCAAGCUCAUCAGCAACAAAGAGGUGGUCCCCCUCCCCCAGCAAGUUCUGUGCCUCAAAGGUCCCCAGUUGCCAGACUUUGAGCGUGAGUCUUUGUCCUGCGAUGAACAGGAUCACUACCUGGAUGCUCUGCUUAACAGCCAGCUGGCUCUGGCAAAGGUGGUGUGUUCAGACUCACCUUUUGCAGGUGCUCUGAGAAAAAGGCUGUUGGUUCUCCAGAGGAUUUUCUAUGCCCUUUCCAACAAGUAUCAUGACAAAGGCAAAGUGAAACAGCAGCAGCAGUCUCCAGAGAACAGUUCUGGAUCAGCAGACACUUUAUCUAUUAGUGAACGUCCACGUUCAAGCACAGAUGCACUUAUAGAGAUGGGUGUGAGGACUGGCCUGAGCCUUCUUUUUGCCCUGCUGAGACAAAGUUGGAUGAUGCCAACCAUGGGGCCUGGCCUGAGCCUCUGCAAUGACGUAAUCCGAACAGCAAUUGAUGUGGUGAACUCUCUCCCCCCCCUUUCCCUUGCCAAUGAAAGCAAAAUCCCACCAAUGGGCCUAGACUGUCUGGCGCAGGUCACAACUUUUUUGAAAGGAGUGACUGUUCCCAAUUCUGGUGCAGACACACUCGGUCGCCAAUUAGCCUCUGAGCUUCUUCUUGGAUUGGCCUCUCAGCGUGGUUCUCUCCGUUACUUGCUAGAGUGGAUUGAGAUGGCACUAGCAGCAUCUGCUUUUGUGAGUGAGACAGACAAAAGCAAAACUCAGAUGGUGCAGGAGGGAAUGAUAAGCUGUGACUGCUUCAUGAGCAUACUUCAUCAUAUGAGAAGAUCUCUGGGUUCUACAGCUGACCGAAGCCAGUGGAAGGAACCAACCCGGACAUCAGAUGGUCUAUGCUCUCUGUAUGAGGCUGCUCUGUGUUUGUUUGAGGAGGUCUGCCAGAUGGCAUCCGACUAUUCUCGAACAUGCGCAAGUCCAGACAGUAUUCAGACUGGAGAAAGCCCAGUAGUGUCAGAGACAUGUGAGGUGUAUGUUUGGGGCAGCAACAGCAGCCACCAGCUUGUAGAAGGGACGCAAGAGAAAAUCCUACAACCAAAGCUGGCCCCCUGUUUUUCUGAUGCACAGACAAUCGAAGCUGGACAGUACUGCACUUUUGUCAUAUCAACGGAUGGCUCUGUUAGAGCAUGUGGGAAAGGUAGCUAUGGGAGACUGGGACUAGGAGAUUCAAACAACCAAUCAACUUUGAAGAAACUAACUUUUGAGCCCCAUCGAUCCAUCAAGAAAGUUUCCUCUUCAAAGGGGUCAGAUGGGCACACUCUUGGCUUCACUACUGAAGGAGAGGUCUUUAGCUGGGGUGAUGGAGACUAUGGGAAGCUGGGCCAUGGUAACAGCUCUACGCAGAAAUAUCCAAAGCUCGUUCAGGGAACACUGCAAGGAAAGGUUGUGGUAUGUGUCUCAGCUGGGUACAGACACAGUGCUGCUGUCACCGAAGAUGGAGAACUGUACACAUGGGGUGAAGGAGAUUUUGGAAGACUUGGCCAUGGAGAUAGUAACAGUCGGAACAUCCCAACUGUGGUGAAGGAUAUCAGUAAUGUUGGUGAAGUUUCCUGUGGGAGCUCUCACACUAUUGCUCUGUCCAAGGAUGGGAGAACAGUGUGGUCCUUUGGUGGAGGGGAUAAUGGAAAAUUAGGGCACGGAGACACAAACCGAGUGUACAAACCAAAGGUGGUGGAGGCUUUACAGGGAAUGUUUACUCGCAAGGUGUGCGCAGGGAGUCAGUCUUCCUUGGCCUUGACAUCUACAGGACAGGUAUAUGCUUGGGGUUGUGGAGCAUGUCUGGGUUGUGGAUCUUCAGAAGCAACAGCACUAAGGCCCAAACUCAUUGAGGAGCUGGCAGCUACCAGAAUAGUGGAUAUUUCUAUUGGAGACAGUCACUGCUUGGCUCUGUCACAUGACAAUGAAGUGUAUGCAUGGGGCAACAAUUCAAUGGGACAGUGUGGCCAGGGAAAUUCUACCGGCCCAAUAACCAAACCAAAGAAGGUGAGCGGACUAGAUGGAGUAGCCAUUCAGCAGAUUUCUGCAGGCACAUCACACAGCCUGGCUUGGACAGCACUGCCCAGAGACAGACAAGUUGUUGCCUGGCACCGGCCCUACUGUGUAGAUCUUGAAGAGAGCACUUUCUUUCACCUUCGCUCCUUCCUGGAGAGAUACUGUGAGAAGAUUAACAGUGAUGUCCCACCACCACCUUUCCCCUCAUCUAGAGAACAUCAUAACUUCCUAAAGCUCUGCCUAAAGAUGCUGUCCAACCACUUGGCUCUUGCUUUAGCUGGGGGAGUUGCCACCAGCAUCCUAGGACGUCAGGCAGGCCCCCUCCGCAACUUGCUCUUCCGGCUCAUGGAUGCCAGUGUCCCAGAUGAAAUCCAGGAGGUUGUCAUCGAGACACUGUCUGUUGGAGCCACAAUGUUGUUGCCACCUUUACGGGAGAGAAUGGAGUUGCUGCAUUCACUUCUGCCCCAAGGACCUGACCGAUGGGAAAGUCUGUCUAAAGGCCAAAGGAUGCAACUGGAUAUCAUCUUAACCAGCCUGCAGGAUCACACACAUGUGGCAUCUUUAUUGGGAUACAGCUCUCCAUCUGACUCUCCUGAUGUCACUUCCCUACAAAUGGCUUAUGGAUCAAUGUCAGACCCCAACAAUGCAGCACCGGGAAGCCACCCAGACACCCAUUUGGCAGAAAUACUAAUGAAAACCCUUUUAAGAAACUUGGGUUUUUACACGGAUCAAGCUUUUGGUGAACUGGAAAAAAACUGCGACAAGUCCAUUUUGGGUGCAUCGUCCUCUGAAAAUAGCCAGCCUGCUCAUCUCCAUGAGUUACUAUGUUCCUUACAGAAGCAGCUACUGGCAUAUUGUCACACUAACAAUAUAAGUGAGAACUCCAGUAGCGUUGCUCUCCUCCACAAACAUCUGCAACUCCUGCUGCCCCAUGCCAAAGAUAUUUAUAUCCGUUCUGCCACCCUGCUCAAAGAAAGUCCAUGUAAUGGGAGUGUGGGAGAGAAGAUGCGAGAUGUGAUCUAUGUCUCUGCCGCGGGCAGCAUGCUGUGUCAACUGAUUAACGCCUUGCUGUUGCUGCCUGUGUCAAUUGCCAGGCCUCUGCUCAGUUUUCUACUGGACUUGCUGCCCCCCCUUGAUUGUCUGAAUAGACUGUUACCUGCAGCUGGUCUGUUGGAGGACCAGGAGUUACAGUGGCCUCUCCAUGGAGGACCAGACCAGGUUGACCCUUCUGGAGUAUCAUUGCCCCCUCCAGCUCAGUCAUGGGUUUGGCUUGUUGAUUUGGAAAGAACAGUUACCCUACUGAUCGGACGCUGCCUAGGAGGAAUGCUGCAGGGUUCCCCCACAUCUCCCGAGGAACAAGACACAAUUUACUGGUUAAAAACCCCGUUGUUUGGAAAUGGAAUUGAAAUGGAUGUUCCACAGCUAGACAAGUGUAUGAGUGCUUUACUGGAGGUAGCUCUUUCUCCUAACGAGGAACAGAAGACUUUUGAUUAUAAGCUGAGACCUGAGGUUUCCAUCCUGCUGGAUUUAGCUGUGGGAUCUACCAAAGAACCAUCUCGUUGUUUAUGGAUGAGCAUGCAAGAUUAUGCCAUUAGUAAAGAUUGGGACAGUGCUACUAUCAGUAAUGAGUCUCUCCUGGAUACAGUGUCUCGCUUUGUCCUAGCUGCCCUACUGAAACAUACAGGUCUGUUGUCCCAGGCCUGUGGGGAGAGUAGAUUCCAACCUGGGAAGUGCCUGGCAGAGGUUUACCGAUGUGUUUAUAAGGUUCGGAGCCGUCUUCUGGCCUGCAAGAACAUGGAGCUCAUCCAGACCCGCUCAUCAUCAAGGGAGAGAUGGGUUUCUGAGAACCAGGAGUCUGCAGACAUAGGAUCCCUAGAGAACUCCUUCACCAGAACUAUUGAUGAGGAAGCAGAGAUGGAGGAACAAGCAGAGAGGGACAGAGAAGAAGGGCACCCUGAACAAGAUGAAGAAGAGGAAGAACGAGAUUAUGAGCUCCUCACUGCUGGCAAAAUCUUUCAAUGUUUCCUCUCAGCCCGUGAGGUGGCGCGCAGCCGGGAACGGGACAGAAUGGGCCUUGUCUCAGCUGGGGGCUCUGUAUCAUUGGCUCGUGCAGAGGAGCAGCCUCCAGAGCUUUCUCAAGAGAGGAGGAACAGCGGAACUCUGACAGAAGGACAGGACUUGUACACAGCAGCUUGUAAUUCAGUUAUUCACCGUUGUGCUCUACUCCUUCUUGGGGUCAGUCCAAUGUUUGACCAGCUCGAGAAUCCUGUUGAAGAUAUACAGCAACAGCCAACAUCAGGAGUUUCACAUGAGGGAUCUGUAGCCAUGACAAGGAGCGAAAGUCUCACAGCAGAGAGGAAAUCAGUUCAUACACACCCCAACUACCGACUGAUCAAGUCCAGAAGUGAGUCUGACCUUUCUCAGCCAGAAUCUGAUGAGGAAGGUUACUCAAUGAGUGGAAGACAGAAUACAGAUUCUGACCUGGCGUCCCACAGCAAGAGAGGUUCCACAGCAGAGCACACUGUCAGUGAUUCCUGGGCUCGUCUCAAGCAUGGCCGUGAAUGGAUGUGUGGCUCGUCCUAUGGUUUUGAGACUGAGUUAGAGAAAUGCAGGAACCUGAGCAUUCACACACUGAUAGAAAAUGCUCUAAGCUUUGUUAGUGGAGAUUUGGGUAAUCCUCCUGGAUUUAAAGAACCUGAAGAGGGUAUGUCCAGCUCCCCACAGGCUUGUAUCAUUGCCAUGGAACAGCAGCAGCUGCGGGCGGAGCUUCGACUGGAAGCUUUGCAUCAAAUCCUGGUUCUUUUAUCUGGGAUGGAAGAAAAAGAGAGUAUGCAGACUCUGGGUAGUCGACAGUCGCCCGUCGCCUUCCAGUCAUCUUCACUUCUCACCUCUGUCAGACUACAGUUCCUGGCAGGAUGCUUUGGUUUGAGCUGUGUAGGUCAAAAGAGGAGCACAGACUCCAAGGGAGACAGCGCCUACCUGCAUCAUUACCAGGAUGGAAUCCAAGCAUCAAAAAGGAGUAUCCAGAAAGAGAUUCAGAAAGCUGUGCACAAAAUCUACCAGCAGCUGUCUGCCACACUAGACCGAGCUCUGCAGGCCAAUAAGCACCAUGUGGAAGCUCAGCAACGUCUUCUUCUGGUGACGGUCUUUGCCCUCAGCGUUCGGUACCAGCCAGUUGAUGUAUCUUUGGCAAUAUCCACUGGUCUGCUUAGUGUCCUGUCUCAGCUAUGUGGCACAGAUACAAUGCUUGGGCAGCCACUGCAGCUUCUUCCCAGAUCCGGAGUUUCUCAACUCAGCACUGCUCUUAAAGUGGCAAGCACCAGACUACUCCAAAUCCUUGCCAUAACCACAGGAACAUAUGCUGAUAAAUUAAGUCCAAAAGUGGUUCAGGCUUUGCUGGAUCUUCUGUGCAGUCAGCUGAAGAACCUUCUCUCCCAGGCUGGAGUCAUGGCAUCUUUCAGUGAUGAGGAAGAGGACAGGAAGGCAGAAAUAGCAGGGGAGAGUGACAGGAAGGACAUCAGAGCUGCCCUCCGGAAGCAGCGCACUGCAGAACUUCACCUUGGUGACUUCCUGGUUUUUCUACGUAGAGUUGUAUCUUCGAAAGCCAUCCAGUCUAAGAUGGCAUCUCCCAAGUGGACAGAGGUGUUGCUUAACAUUGCUUCCCAGAAGUGCAGUUCAGGAGUACCACUUGUGGGGAACCUUAGAACUAGACUCCUUGCUCUUCAUGUGCUGGAAGCUGUGCUACCUGCGUGUGAAUCUAGUGUGGAGGAUGAUCAGAUGGCCCAGGUAGUGGAGAGGCUCUUUUCUCUUCUCUCAGACUGUAUGUGGGAAGCUCCCAUAGCUCAGGCCAAACAAGCAGUCAAAGUCAAGGAAAAGGAGCAGGAAACCAAACUGCAGAAGCAGGGUGAUCUAGAAGAGGAGGAAGAAGACCUUCCCAUACAAGAGGUUUCAUUUGAUCCAGAGAAAGCGCAGUGCUGUUUGGUGGAGAAUGGUCAGAUUCUGACCCAUGGAAGUGGCGGCAAAGGUUAUGGACUGGCAUCUACUGGGGUGACCUCCGGGUGUUACCAGUGGAAGUUCUAUAUUGUGAAAGAAAACCGCGGUAAUGAAGGCACCUGUGUAGGUGUUUCCCGCUGGCCUGUCCAUGACUUCAACCACCGCACAACUUCAGACAUGUGGCUGUUCCGUGCAUACAGUGGUAACCUGUACCAUAAUGGAGAGCAAACACUCACAUUGCCCAGUUUCACUCAAGGAGACUUUAUCACCUGCAUUCUGGACAUGGAGGCACGGACUGUGUCAUUUGGAAAGAAUGGCGAGGAGCCUAAGUUGGCUUUUGAAGAUGUAGAUGCAGCAGAGUUGUACCCAUGUGUGAUGUUCUACAGUAGCAAUCCUGGAGAAAAGGUGAAGAUCUGUGACAUGCAAAUGAGAGGUACCCCACGAGACCUGCUUCCUGGAGACCCCAUCUGCAGCCCAGUUGCCACUGUUCUCGCAGAGUCCAGUGUGCAGCUUCUACGGGUCCUUCAUCGCACUGAACGUUGGACUACCUGCAUUAAUAAGAAGAUGGUGGAACGGCUACAUAAGAUCAAAGGCUGCUUGCGUGAGACAUGUAGUAAACUGAAAAAGAGCCGCUCUGUUCAGAGCCGAGAAGAGCAUGAAUCCCGUGAUGAAAAGGAAGAGGACAGAGGAAAGCAUGGAAGGCAUGGCUUGGCAGACUUGGGGGAAGCUCAGCUAAAGACGCUUUGUGUAGAGGUUUGGCCAGUUUUGGCUGUCAUUGGUGGAGUGGAUACAGGACUCAGGGUUGGAGGGAGAUGUGUUCACAGACAGACUGGCCGCCAUGCUACGCUAUUGGGUGUGGUGAAAGAAGGCAGCACCUCUGCCAAAGUGCAGUGGGAUGAGGCAGAAAUUACCAUCAGCUUCCCAACUUUUUGGUCACCUAGUGAUACCCCACUCUACAACCUGGAACCCUGUGAUCCCCCUCCCUUUGAUGUAACACGCUUCCGGGGACUGACCGCCUCCACGUUGCUUGACCUCACAUACCUGACUGGCAUCCAUGAAGAUGCAGGCAAGGCAAGCACUAAACGACAUGAGAAGAAGCAACGCCACGAGUCUGAAGAAAAAGCUGACAUAGAAUCAAAAGUAGAGUCUGAAAAUUCAGCAGAUUUACGGGUACAGGAGGAGACGAGAGCUAGUGGUGCAGUGGCACCUAAAUUAGAAACUGAAUCAGUGCCUUUUUUGUCAGAGCCCCCAUUGAUGGAUCCUCAACAUCAUCCUGCAGAUGGAAAGCGGAAGAGCCACGAUCACAUACCUCGAGGUCACGAUGUUGCUCAGUCAGAAAUUAGGGCUGUGCAGCUUUCCUACAUCAACUUAGGUGCUAUGAAGUCAUUGGGAGUAUUACUUAGCUGCAGCAAAUAUGCAGAACUUCUACUCAUUCCCAAGGUGCUGGCAGAGAAUGGACACAAUUCAGACUGUGCUAGCUCCCCGGCUGUACAUGAAGAUGUAGAGAUGAGAGCUGCUUUGCAGUUCCUUAUGCGUCAUAUGGUGAAGAGAGCAGUCAUGCGUUCUCCCAUAAAACGAGCCCUUGGACUAGCCGAUUUGGAGAGGGCACAAUCCAUGAUUUACAAGCUUGUGGUGCAUGGGUUACUCGAGGAACAGUUUGGUGGCCGAAUACGACAAGAUUUAGAGCAACAAACAGAAGAAAGUGAUCCAGCUCAGCAAGCUCAAACGCCUGUCACCACCAGUCCCUCUGCAUCUAGCACAACAUCCUUCAUGAGCAGUUCUCUUGAAGACACUACUACAGCGACUACUCCAGUAACAGAUACAGAGACGGUGCCAGCAUCAGAGUCACCAGGAGUAAUGCCCCUCAGCCUGUUGAGGCAAAUGUUUUCAAGUUACCCAACCACCACAGUUCUGCCCACCAGACGAGCCCAGACCCCUCCCAUCACAUCACUGCCCACGUCACCCACUGAUGAGAUGGGCAGAAGGCAAAGUCUGACCUCCCCAGACUCUCAGGCUACAAGACACUCAAUCCGCACAGCACUAUCUGAUCCCAGUAGCCGACUCUCCACUUCUCCACCUCCUCCAGCAGUUGUUGUGCCACUUCUAGAAAUGGGGUUUUCGAUUAGACAGAUCAAAAAGGCCAUGGAAGCCACAGGUGCUAGAGAAGCUGAUCCACAAAACAUCACUGUACUAGCCAUGUGGAUGAUUGAGCAUCCUGAUGAUGAGGAGAGGUUCUCUGGUAGGACCACUGAGUCAUGCCAAGGGAUAGCAGUCUCAGGUGCUGGUGGCAAAUCAAGUGACACCGCCUAUGCUGGAGACAUUCCCUCUGCAGAUGUCCCUGAGAUGGAUUUGUGCUUUUGUGAGAGCCCAGACAACAUGGAGCAGUCAGAAAAUGCCGGAUCCAGCAAUGGGCAGCAAACAAGAGGCAGGUCCACUGUUACCAGGAGACAGAAGUUUGACCUAGCUGCACGUACUUUGCUAGCACGAGCAGCUGGACUAUACCGUACAGUUCAGGCUCACCGCAAUCAGGGAAGGAGAGAAGGAGUUUCUCUUCAGCAGGAACCUGGAAGCCUGUAUGACCUUAACCUGGAUGAGGAGUUGGAGAUCGACCUUGAUGAUGAGGCUAUGGAGGCAAUGUUUGGCCAGGACCUGGCAAGCGAUAACGAUAUUCUGGGAAUGUGGAUCCCAGAGGUAUUGGACUGGCCAACAUGGCAUGUAUGUGAUGCCGAUGAUCGAGAGGAGGUGGUCAUAUGUGAGCUUUGUGAGGCGAGUGUUCUCAGCUUUAAUCAACACAUGAAGAGAUACCAUCCUGGCUGUGGUCACAGCGCCAACCGUCAGGGGUACCGCAGCAAUGGAUCUUAUGUGGAUGGUUGGUUUGGCGGGGAGUGUGGUAGCGGGAACCCUUACUACCUUCUGUGUGGUAACUGCAGAGAGAAAUAUCUGAAUCUCAAGAGCAAGAGAAAGGCAACUACAGAAAAAUAUAAAGGACAUGCCCCUGAUCUGAUUGGCAAGCAAGAUAGUGUUUAUGAAGAAGACUGGGACAUGCUGGAUGUUGAUGAGGAUGAGAAGCUAACUGGAGAAGAGGAAUUUGAGCUUCUUGCUGGUCCUCUUGGCCUUAAUGAUCGCAGGAUAGUUCCAGAGCCAGUUCAGUUUCCUGACAGUGACCCACUUGGAGCAUCUGUGGCUAUGGUGACAGCCACCAACAGCAUGGAGGAAACACUAAUGCAAAUUGGAUGCCACAGUGCUCUGGAGAAGAGUUCUUCUGGCCGUGUAACCCUUGGAGAGCAGGCUGCAGCCUUGGUGAAUCCACAUGACCGUGUUAUGGCAUUACGCAGGGUGAUAGCUGCUGCCCAGGUCCUACUGGCACGUACAAUGGUUAUGCGAGCACUUUCUCUUCUGUCUGUUAGUGGAUCCAGUUGCAGUCUCGCUGCAGGCCUGGAGGCUUUAGGACUGACAGACAUCCGUACCCUUGUGCGUCUUAUGUGCUUGGCAGCUGCAGGCAGAGCAGGCCUGUCUACAAGCCCAUCAGCCACUCUUUCCAGUUCCUCAGAACGGUCACGAGGUCUACAUAGCAAGACCAGCAAACCCAUCUCAUGUCUGGCAUACCUGAGCACAGCCGUGGGAUGUCUAGCUUCAAGUACACCCAGUGCAGCGAGGCUUCUUGUACAACUUUGCACCCAGAAUUUAAUCUCGGCAGCUACAGGGAUGAAUCUGACAACUGUGGAUGAUCCAGUACAAAGGAAGUUUCUGCCCAGCUUUUUACGUGGGAUUGCUGAAGAAAGUAAACUGGUCACUUCUCCUAACUUUGUGGUCACACAGGCACUAGUUGCUCUGCUGGCAGACAAAGGGGCAAAACUCAGACCUAACUAUGACAAAGCAGAAAUGGAGAAGAGAGGUCCCUUGGAAUUGGCCAAUGCAUUGGCUGCAUGCUGUCUCUCCUCAAGACUCUCCUCCCAACAUCGCCAGUGGGCUGCACAGCAGUUGGUUCGCACCUUGGCUGCUCAUGACCGUGACAAUCAGUCUACUCCCCAGACCUUUGCAGAUAUGGCAGGAGACCUGAGAAAGUGUUCUUUCACUAAGCUUGAGGCACAUCAGAACAGGGUGAUGACUUCUGUGUGGUGUGCUAAGAAAGGAUUGCUGGCUACAAGUGGCAGCGAUGGAACGGCUAGGGUGUGGAAUGUUUCCAGAAACCAGUAUUCCCUGCAGCAAACAUGUAUAUUCCAUAAAAUGGAGGGUGGAGCAGAAGAUAGUGAUCCCAGUCUUUCUCCUGUUUGCUGGAGUGUUAGUGGAAGAUAUCUCGCUGGUGCCCUAGAGAAAAUGGUGAACAUCUGGCAGGUUAACGGGGGAAAAGGUCUUCUUGAUCCCCAACCUCACUGGGUUUCAGCUCUCACAUGGCCAGAGGAAGCUUCAAGGGAAACAUGGACUAGUGAUACUCCAGAAUUCUUACUUGUGGGGCGCAUGGAUGGCUCUCUUGGACUUAUUGAGGUUACAGAUGCAUCAAGCAUGUGCCGCAUUGAAUUAGAGCAUUGUUACCGUAAAGAUGUGGCUGUGACUUGCGUAGCAUGGUUCAGUGAAGAUCGCCAUUUUGCUGUUGGAUAUGCUGACGGAAAAUUAUUAAUUGGAAGUAAAGAGCCCAUGACAAAAGGAGGGAUUGUUCUCAUUGAUGCACACAAGGACACGUUUGUGAGCUUGAAAUGGGAUCCAACAGGCCAAGUCCUGUUAAGCUGUGCCAAAGAUGACACCGUGAAGCUGUGGGGCAACACAGGAGGCAGCUGGAAACCCUUUUUCUGCCUUUCUCACCCAUCUUGUGUAAACACCGUGGCCUGGUGUGGUUUAGCUGGGAAAUCAGACUGUCCACAGCUGAUGCUGGCAGCAGGCUGUCAUAAUGGUUUGGUGUGCGUGUGGACAAUUCCGCGGGCCUCUUUAGAAGGAUUCCAGUCGAGAUCUGCUGUACCGUAUGAAUGGAGAGAACAACCAGCCAGCAAGGAGUUGUUCAGAAAAACUGAAGGAGUGAGAUGUGUAUAUAGACUCAGGGGCCACAUCACUCCGGUGCGCACAGUGGCCUUCAGCCCCGAUGGGCUUGCCUUGGUGUCUGGUGGACUUGGUGGUCUUGUCAACAUAUGGUCUCUAAGGGAUGGCUCUGUCCUUCAGUCUGUUGUCACUGGAUCUGGUGCCAUUACAACAACUGUGUGGAUACCUGAGGUUGGCGUGGCUGCCUGUUCUAACCGUUCAAAGGAUGUCCUGGUUGUAAACUGCACCCCAGAGUGGAUAACCUCUAAUCACAUUUUAGCAACAUGCAGAACAGCACUAAAGCAACAAGGGAUUGUGGGACUGAACAUGGCUCCCUGCAUGCAGACGUUUCUGGAGCGACUUCCUAUAAUGCUGCAAGAGCAAUAUGUGUACGAAAAGCCCCAUGUUGUAUGUGGAGAUCAACUUGUACAUAGUCCCUACAUGCAGUGUUUGGCAUCAUUGGCUGUAGGUCUCAAUCUGGAACAGCUCCUCUGCAGCCCUCCUAUUCCACCUCAUCACCAUCCGAUGCCUGUAGACUCCAUCUCAUGGAACCCAGCAGAGUGGGCAUGGCUUGAAUGUUUCUCCACUACCAUUAAGGCUGCUGAAGCUCUAGCCAAGGGGGCACAAUUUCCAGAAUCGUUCACCAUCCCUGACCUGGAGCCAGUGCCUGAGGAGGAGCUGAGGCUUUUAAUGGAUAACAGUAAAUGGAUCAAUGGAACAGAUGAACAAAUUAUGUCUUGGGCCACUUCUAGGCCAGAGGACUGGCACCUUGGGGGCAAGUGCGAUGUUUACCUAUGGGGGGCAGGUCGUCAUGGACAGUUAGCUGAGGCCGGCAGAAAUGUUAUGAUUCCAUCCGCAGCUUCAUCCUUUUCCCCAGCCCAGCAGGUGAUCUGUGGCCAGAACUGUACUUUUGUGAUCCAGGCCAAUGGCACUGUUCUAGCCUGUGGUGAGGGAAGCUAUGGCAGGCUUGGACAGGGUAAUUCUGAUGACCUUCAUGUGCUUACAGUUAUCUCUGCUCUGCAAGGUUUUGUGGUAACACAACUAGUGACAUCCUGUGGCUCAGACGGGCACUCCAUGGCACUAACCGAGAGUGGGGAGGUAUUCAGUUGGGGAGAUGGAGAUUAUGGGAAAUUGGGCCAUGGAAACAGUGACCGUCAGCGGAGACCAAGGCAGAUUGAGGCGUUACAGGGAGAGGAAGUGGUACAGAUGUCUUGUGGCUUUAAACACUCAGCAGUGGUGACAGCCGAUGGAAAGUUAUUUACAUUUGGUAAUGGAGAUUAUGGACGACUGGGACUUGGGAACACAUCGAAUAAGAAGCUUCCAGAACGAGUAACUGCCCUAGAAGGAUUCCACAUUGGACAGGUGGCAUGUGGACUUAACCACACACUGGCCGUAUCAGCUGAUGGCUCCAUUGUCUGGGCUUUUGGUGAUGGAGAUUAUGGGAAGCUUGGUUUAGGAAAUUCCACUGCUAAAUCUUCUCCACAGAAAGUGGAUGUACUAUGUGGAACUGGGAUAAAAAAGGUGGCCUGUGGGACACAGUUCUCAGUUGCACUCACAAAAGAUGGACAUGUUUACACAUUUGGCCAAGAUCGGCUAAUUGGUUUACCCGAAGGUCGAGCACGAAAUCACAACCGCCCUCAACUUGUUCCAAGUCUUUUGGGCAUCUUCAUUGAAGACAUUGCUGUUGGUGCAGAGCAUACACUGGCUUUGUCAUCUACUGGAGAUGUAUACGCUUGGGGCAGUAACUCAGAGGGACAGCUUGGCCUCGGUCAUACAAACCAUGUGCGGGAACCAACCCUUGUCACUGCUCUACAAGGGAAAAACGUUCGGCAGAUCUCAGCAGGCCGGUGUCACAGUGCUGCAUGGACUGCAGCUCCAGUACCACCCCGAGCGCCAGGAGUGGCAGUGCCUUUACAAUUGGGUCUCCCUGAUGUUAUCCCACCUCAGUACAGUACAUUGAAGGACAUCUGCACACACACCGUGAGAGCCAGACUGCGACUUCUCUAUCACUUCUCUGACCUCAUGUACUCAUCCUGGAGACUGCUGAAUCUCAGCCCCAAUAAUCAGAGCAGUACAUCACAUUACAAUGCUGGCACCUGGGGUAUUGUACAAGGCCAACUCAGACCCUUGUUAGCACCUAGAGUUUACACUCUACCCAUGGUCCGUUCCAUAGGAAAAACCAUGGUUCAGGGAAAGAACUACGGACCUCAGAUAACUGUCAAGAGGAUCUCAACCAGGGGCAGGAAGUGUAAACCGAUCUUCGUACAGAUUGCCCGACAGGUGGUAAAACUGAAUGCCUCCGAUCUGAGGCUUCCAUCCAGGGCAUGGAAGGUGAAGCUGGUGGGAGAGGGGGCUGACGAUGCUGGUGGAGUGUUUGAUGACACAAUCACUGAAAUGUGCCAGGAGCUUGAAACAGGAGUAGUUGAUCUCCUUAUACCAUCACCCAACGCAACAGCUGAAGUGGGAUACAAUAGGGAUAGGUUCCUUUUUAAUCCUUCAGCUGGGCUGGAUGAGCAUCUGAUGCAGUUUAAGUUUCUUGGCAUCCUUAUGGGGGUGGCUAUUCGCACCAAGAAGCCCCUGGAUCUGCACUUGGCCCCUCUAGUUUGGAAGCAGUUAUGCUGUAUCCCACUCACAUUGGAGGACUUGGAGGAGGUGGAUCUGCUGUAUGUGCAGACUUUAAAUAGCAUUCUUCACAUUGAAGACAGCGGCAUCACAGAGGAAACUUUCCAUGAGAUGAUACCCCUUGAUUCCUUUGUGGGUCAGAGUGCUGAUGGAAAGAUGGUGCCAAUUAUCCCAGGAGGGAACAGCAUCCCAUUAACUUUCUCAAACCGCAAAGAAUAUGUUGAUAGAGCAAUAGAUUACAGAUUGCACGAGAUGGAUCGCCAGGUUGCAGCAGUACGGGAGGGUAUGUCAUGGAUUAUUCCUGUCCCCCUCCUCUCCCUCCUUACUGCCCGACAUCUGGAACAGAUGGUGUGUGGAAUGCCAGAAAUCUCAGUGGAUGUCCUGAAGAAGGUGGUACGGUACCGGGAGGUGGACGAGCAACACCAGCUCGUUCAAUGGUUUUGGCAAACUUUAGAGGAGUUUUCCAAUGAAGAGCGGGUCCUUUUCAUGAGGUUUGUCUCGGGCAGAUCCCGGCUUCCAGCUAACACUGCGGACAUCUCACAGCGCUUCCAGAUAAUGAAGGUUGAUAGGCCUCACGAUAGUCUGCCUACCUCACAGACCUGUUUCUUUCAACUGCGACUCCCUCCGUACUCCAGCCAGCUGGUGAUGGCCGAACGUCUGCGCUAUGCAAUCAACAACUGCCGAUCCAUCGACAUGGACAAUUACAUGUUGUCCCGCAAUGUGGACAAUGCAGAGGGAUCUGAUACAGACUACUGAGGGCUCCUAAAUCCAAACCCCUUCUCAGUGCAGUGACAGGAUUUCAAAAAAAUAAAAUACCAGGCAUUUUGCAGCAUACAGUAAAUCAACAUUAUAUUAUUAACUUUAAAAAGUCCUUGUUUUUAUUUCUUUUUUUUCUUCCAGUGAUUGUAAAGUAAAAAACACAGUGAAUUCCUUCCCCCCUCACUAAGCUCGUUGUCAGCAGGGUGCUGAAGAGCAGAUUUUCAUGUGUUGUUGAGGGGAGAGGAUUCCAGGGCUGGUAACGUUUUCCAGACCCAUUUAGCGUACUUGAAAUGUUGUACAUUGGUGCACUUAUUGUUCACAGCAAGAAAACAGUUUUACAUGAAUGUUCCUAUUUAUUUUGUUUUAAUUUGGAAGAUGCCUGUGCAGGAUUAGUUAUGCAGAAAAUGAAUAAAACUAAUUGAAGGAG